CCACACUGGACAGCCUGCGUCGGCGAGCAGCGGACGGGCAGAGUUUCGUAAGUCUCGACGUACUUCUCCCACCGGCGUGCGGCAUGCUGCUGUUCAACAGUGUGCAGAAGUGUUGAACACAUUUUGGAAGAAACGUCCAUUACUUGUCAAGACUCACCUGUUCUUCCAUCAUGUCCUCCAGAAGUAUGUGUUGGUUUGUCUGCAUUUUUGUGACAGCAGUCAUAGCUACUGACUACAGCGACACAGAUUUCGUUACAGUAUGGGACCCUGAAGUCAAAGCCAUUCAUUCAAGAACUGACACAUUAGUCGCCGGCCAGAGUGGCCAAGCGGUUCUAGGUGCUACAGUCUGGAACCACGCGACCGCUACAGUCCCAGAAUCGUCCAGACUGGUAUCAGACGAGGAGGUUGAGCAGACUGAAGCUGUGGACCUGAGCACCUUGCUGGACGCUGGAGAAGGCGCCGUGGUGACUCUGGUGGCGGGCGACACACGUCUGGUGGCCCACAGGGCCGUCCUGGCAGCCAGGAGUCCUGUAUUCGCCACCAUGUUGCGCCAUGGAACACUGAAAACCGGAAAUACUCCAGUCGUUGUCCCAGACAUGGAGGGCCCAGUGCUGCGCCAGCUCCUGACAUACAUGUACACCCUCCGCGCCCCCCAGCUACCUGGCAUGGCUGUCCAACUGCUGAUCGCCGCUGACAGAUACAAUGUGCUGUCCCUGAAGACAGCCUGCGAGCAGCAGCUGGUCGCGCAGCUGUCCGUGGAGAAUGUGGUUGCCACAGCGAUACUCGCAAUGAAGCACUCCCUUACCUGCCUCAGGCAGGCUGCCAUCACCUUUAUAAGGGCUCACAUUUUCGAGGUGCUGGGCACGAAGGGCUGGACAGACGCGAUGCAUACUCAGCCUGAAGAUUUGGGCGAAGUGAUCAGGUUGCUGUCUGGUCCUCCAGCAGAAACCAGUGUGCCAGCUACUCAGCCACACGGCGAUCAGAGCGACCGCAGCGGGACUCCUGCCGCGGCUGAGCCACCCACGUCUGUCCGCCCCGCUCCCGCACCUGCUGACACCGGCGCCUCCUGCAUGUGGGCUCUUUCUCAAGAGGAGAAGGACAGGAGACUGAUCGAGGCUGCUAAGCAGGGGGCCGUGGAGGAGCUGCAGGCGUUACUGGCGGCUGGAGCAAACGUGACGGCGAGGUCUGAGUACAGGCAGACCACUGCCCUCCACUGGGCAGCAGAGAGAGGAGACGUCGAGGUGGUGAAGAGGCUGCUGGCCGCUGGGGCAGAGGUGGACGCCAGAUCCACCCAGAAUCAGGACACGCCUAUGAUCUGGGCUGUGUGGAAUGGCCACGCAGAUGUGGUGCGGCUGCUGGUGGCGGCCCACGCCGACCUGAGGGCCGCAAAUGAGGGCGGCCUGACGCCACUGCACUGUGCGGCGUGGCGGGGAUACCCAGAGGUGGCGAAGGUGCUACUGGAGGCUGGGGCUGACCGGUGGGCAACAAACAAUGACGGACGUACACCGCUGGACAUCGCCAGGCUACACAACUUCCCAGAGCUGAUCCAAAUACUAAGCCCAUCUACUAGUUUAGAAAACCUCUCUGACAUCUACUAGUUUAGAAAACCUCUCUGCAGUAUAAAGACAGAAACUUAAGCUGAAUGAGUGUUUGCUUGUUUAGUAAAUAGACACAGGAAAUUAACUUUGCCAGCAUUGUUUGUAUCUAUCUUCAUGUUGUAUAUAUAACUGCUAUACCAACAUCAGUACAAUAGCGACACAAAGGAGAUGUCUAUAAACUAAUACACAGGUUAGUUGCCUAUAGUGAUAGCUCAACGAAAAUAGAAAAAUUUUCGUUAUUUAUACACACUAAUUUCCUACAACAUCUUAUUGCUAAAAAAAGUAUUUUGUAGGUGCGUGGGUGCUGCUUAUUACACUACUCUAAAAAUUAACUAUGCGUGGAUUUCUAAUAUAUAAGCCUUACAGUUAAGAAUGCCUAUUUGCUUCAGAUCAAACUAUGAAUUUUCUUUCACAUCAGACAUACAGAUGGUGCAAUAUUUUGUGUAUAUAGUUACAGUGUGAUAUUAGUAGCGUUAAGGAAACCCCAUUAGUUCUCACUGGGGAAGCUGAAUUUACUCACAUGUAUGCAGGAGAGAUGGUUUCAUUGCAAAGUAACGUUUGCAUCAAUAUUCACACUCUUGUUUGUGCCUACUAUCUAAAAUCAUAAUAUAAGUAUUAAUUAAAAACAACUGUAGAACAGAUUCUUAUCACAGAUUUCCUGAAUGGAUAUGAUGCUGCUGUAUCAGGUAAAUUGGAUAUCCCUGUCAUAGUAUAGGGUACAAGAGCCAAUUAUUCCUUUCUCUGUAUUUACCUUCUUUCCAUCUUCAGUUCAUUUCGCUCAGCCUGGCGUCAAAUCGGUAAAUUGUCAGCCAACAUGCCAUGCGACAAUUCUGGUCAGACAGGUACCACUGCCAACAGUGUCCUCACUGAGCAACUGGCAGUCUGCCCAAUUACGACUCGCAGAAACUCUAAAACUUAAUUAGGAAACUGUGUAGGCAGUCCAGUCAAUAACUGAACAAAUCAUUUCACACUUAAGUACUCUACAGGAAUGGAACCCUAUUCUGCUAAUAAUAUAUUAAAAAUGGCCAUGGAGAUAGAAACAACAUUGCACUUUGCAAAAAUAGAUAACGAAAAAUGUGAUCAGCAAUCUCAAUCGUCAAAUGGAGUACUGCCACAGACUACCAGAUGGUAGCUUUUGCCUGCCUUGCAAGUUGUAUUGUGCUGGCAACAUCAUACAAUACUUUUGGGAACUGACUGUUAAAAGUAAAGUGUUCUUAAUCUAAGUUUGUACCAAAGUUCCAUUUUGUUUACAGUAAGAAAUGCUGAAAUGUGUCCUGACGCAAUAAUACAGUUAGAAAUGAUAGGUAGUAUAUUCAAGAAAGGAAAUGAAUUCCAGCGUCUUUUUUAUAAUGCUGUGUCUACUUUACUUUAUAAAACUAAAGUUCUUGGAAAUAUCGCACAUGACACAGGAGACUGAUUGUCAACUAUGAACACAAUACAGCUAAGUGUAUUUACAAAUGAAAUGUUACACACAUCACGUAGAAUGAUGAUAUUGAGGUGAUAAUCAAAAUAAUAGAAGAAGGGUGUACAAUUUUUUACUUUGGCGUAUAAAUCAACUAAAUGAAUCUAAUUAAGUCUAUGUUUCGUCAAAUACUUUAAUUUUUUGGUAUGCAUGUUGAUAGAAAUCAUAGAGCUUGCCUUAGUCUCGUUUAAUAUUGCAAUUGAAUAAUUCUCGUGAAUUUACUAAAAGUCUAUCUAUCUUGUAAUGGAACAGGCAACAACAGCUUUAGGCAGCGAGCCUUCCAUACAUCAGUAUCUUGAUACAACCAUACUACUUACACACAUCAGAAAGGCAAUAAACUGUCUCAGAUUCAUAUGUUCAUGAUAUGCUUUCAUUUAAAAGAUUCAUUUAAAAGAUUCUUCAGAGUUAUUUUUGGGGCAGGUUACUCACAUCACUAAUGUGCAAAGUACAUCUGGUAUAUAGCAAAUAUAAAUAACACUGAUUGAAUGUAUAUCUCCAAAAGAAUAACCACUGCCAAGUUAACCUGCAUCGAUUUCAAAGACAUCAGUCAUGCUGAUUUCUAUUGACAUUUUCUCACAUCGCAGCGUCAAAGUAAAUGACUAAGGCAGUCAUAUAAAUGCAUUAUUACCUGACUUCCAAAAAUCAUUUGACUAUGUUACACCGCAACAAUGACACUAUUUGAUCAAAAGCAUCUGGAGACCCACAAAGCAUACAUUUUCCAUAUUAGGCGUAUUGUGCUUUCACUUUCUGCCAGGUACUCCAUAUCAGCGACGCAAGUAGUCAUUCUACAUCAUGAGAGCAGAAUAGAGUGUUCCACGAAACUCACGGACUUCGAAAGUCGUCAGGAGUUUGCGUGUCAUUUGUGUCAUUCGCUUGUACGCGAGAUUUCCGCACUCCUAAAUAUCCCUUGGUCCAGUGUUUCCGAUGUGAUACUGAAGCGGAAAUGUGAAGGAACACAAGCGCACAAAAGCGUCCAGGCCGAUCUCGUCUGUUCACUGACAGACACUGCCAACAGUUCAAGGGGGUCGUAAUGUGUAAUAGGCAGACAUCUAUCAAGACCAUCACCCAGGAAUUUAAAAGUGCAUCAGGAUCCACUGCAAGUACUAUGACAGUCAGGCAGAAGGUAAGAAAACUAGGAUUUCAUGGUCGAGCGGCUGCUCAUAAGCCACACAUCACGCCUGUAAAUGCCAAACGACGCCUUGCUCGGUAUAUGUAGAGUAAAAAUUAUACGAUUGAACAGAGGGAAAAUUUUGUGUGGAGUGUCGAAUCACAGAAUACAAUGUGGCGAUCCGAUGGGAGGGUGUGGGUAUGGCGAAUGCCCGGUGAACGUCGUCUGUCAACAGUAAAAUUCGGACGUGGUGGUGUUAUGGUGAGGUCGUAUUUUUGUUCUGCGUGGCACUAUCACAACACAGGCCUACAUUGAUGUUUUAAGCACCUUCUUGCUUCCCACUGUCGAAGAGCAAUUCGAGGAUUGCAUCUUUCAACACGAUCGAGCAGUUUUUCAUAAUGCACAGCCUGUUGUGGAGUGGUUACACGACAAUAACAUCCCUGUAAUGGACUGGCCUGCACAGAGUCCUGUCCUGAAUCUUAUAGAACACCUUGAGCAUGUUUUGGAACGUCGACUUCCUGGCAGGCCUCACAGACCGACAUCGAUACCUGUCCUCAGUGCUGCAUUCCGUGAAGAAUGGGCUGCCAUUCCCCAGGAAACAUUCCAGCACAUUGAACGUGUGCCUGCUAGAGUGGAAGCUGUCAUCAAGGCUAAGGUUGGGCCAACGCCAUGUAGAAUUCCAGCAUUAUCGAUGGAGGGCGCGACAAACUUGUAAGUCACCUUUAUCUGGAUUCUUUUGAUCAUAUAGUGUAUUUGACGUCAAAGCAGGAUUAAACAUUUGAAUAGAUCAAAUGUCUAAACCAUUUACUAAAUACUUAAAGUACAAAAGUACAAAAAAGAUGGCGUCUCUUUGUUUCAUCAGACCAUUUAUCACAGUUUGGACAUCAGUCCUUUGUUCUCGAUGAAUUAUCAUGGGGAGCCCAUUCAGACGGGACUCGCUAGUUGUAUUCUUUAGGUCUAACUUGAGCAACAGGGCUCAUCAGUGGCCGUUGUCACUGGCAGAGAUGGCAACAACAGUAGAAACGGAAACACACUAGCAUGGGUCUUACGAACGUAGACUGACAAAACUUUCAUUGUGUUUUCAGGCAACUGCUCCAGGCAACUUUUUAUAUCUUUGGUCUUGAUCAUCAUCAUGUGAACAAAAUUGUCACCAUAGAUUAAACUAGUCUUGUGGUAAGCCUUGCUCGUAUGGUUUCUGAAAUAUUCAAGAGCAUGCUUCCACUUCGAAAACUUGUAGGUUAGCAGGGCUCCAAAAUUUUGUUGACUACCUUUAUCCAAACUUGUCUUAGGGAAGACGCACAGUACUUACAAACGGCACCGUCCUCUUUGGGAGAGUAUAUUAACGAUAUUGGCCACUUUGCAAAGUGAGGGGAAUUUUGCCAUUUCCAAUGGGCAGAAAAAUAUCUUGAAAAUUUGUACCUCCAUGUGGCCGUCAACGUUUUCGUUAUCUGAUAGCACCCAAUCACUUAUGUCAUACUUGGUGGAGCCUUGUCGGAUCUUGAUGUGCUAGUGAAAGAUGUUGAUAUUGCUACAGGACACUACAAAGGUGAUUCUGAGUUAGUAAUAAUGCUUCUGUUGUUUGAAAACAGGAGCUGCGGCAAAUGUGGUGAUUCAACCAUUCUCAUCGCCUGAGAGCACAGAGUUUCUCUAGUCAUGAUGUUCUGAAGAAUCGGUUCAGAAUGUUUACAGCAUUCCUUUGUUUUUGCGAUGCAUUGUAUCUUCGGUCUCAAAACCAAAAUUUAACUAUGCUGGUCUCAAUAACACUAAUUUUCAUAACACUGUCAUAUGGUGAGUUUAACUACUGCUCAGACAUGGAAUCGUGUAUGAAUCAAAUCAGAACAUUUCCUGCUGAACACAUGCUCUGAAAAUGAGUAAAAAAAUAAAAAGGAAAAAAAUAAGUAGAAUCACGCCGAUGACCGGCGAUCCUCUUUUGGGCUGAGAUUCGUUUACAAACAGUCGGUCGUUGACUUCUUGUAGCAGCAUACAACCCCCUUCUAAGCCCACCCGGCUAGCCGCGCUGUCUAACGCGCUGCUUCCCGAGCGGAAAGGCGUGCCGGUCCCCGGCACGAAUCCCCCGGGGGUUUAGUGUCGAGGUCCGGUGUGCCGGCCAGCCUGUGGAUGAUUGCUAAGGCGGUUUUCCAUGUACCACGUUGAAUGCAGCUGGUUCCCCUUAUUCCGUCUCAGUUACACUGUCGAAGAUUGCUGAUCAAACACUGUCCAUCUGUAUGUACACCAUCAUUACCACACAAACAUUGGGGUUACACUCGUCUGGCAUGAGACUUUACCUGGUUCAGUGCGUGGCGGAUGUGGAAUGGUUGGACUGCUGUGGCCUGGUGUGGGGUUGUGAGACUCUCCGACGUUUCUAGGUCCCCGGUUCUAAUGCACAAUACAUACCCGCUUCUUCACAUGAUUUUAGCUCUCGUUUUCUGCCCAUAGUAUUACAAUACAAGACGUCUAUAGUUUCAUAUUUCGGGACUGUACAUAAACCCCGGAUCCCCCCUUAAAUACGCCACUGCCCCUUUUUGACAUGCAAACGCUAGGUGACGCUGAUUCCGUACGUGAACUGUGAGUGGCCAGAUGAAGUAUCCUGCCGCCUAGGUGAGCAAUUGUUGGUGUCUCUACCGUAGACAAAAAAAAAAAAAAAUUACAGCGCCGUAUGGGAAACAUACGGACUUCUGUCGGUCACUAUGGCAGCCACCCGCCAAAUUAAUACCGGCGAAAAGCAGUCUUCUGCUGAAGCUGAUACUUGUAUUCUAGUGGAUAGUGACGUUAUUCCCAAGGCGUCCGACAGUCCCUACAGGAAGAUUACGAUGUGGCUCCCGAUUCAAAGUAAGUAUCUUGUAAAGUUGAGUUACGGUGAUGACUGAUAAAACGCAGAGACCGUGGGUAGAAAUGUAAAUGACAAAUUACCAACUCCGGUUAAACACAAAUUGUGGUUAUAAUACAAGCCUACUUAUUGAACUCGCUUAACAGGACCGUGAAGGGCAAAAAAGUAGGCAAACAAAAAUCACUAGAAAAAUGACAGACUAAAAAUCAAACACUGCCGUCAUAAUGUACAUCCAGCGAUUCCAUUUGAGACGAAAAUUUCAAAACAGUAGCUGUGUUCCGUGUAGGCAGUAUUAGGAAAGUUAUCUGUAUGUCUUCAGCGGUGGUCUAGUUACUUGAAAUAAAUUUUGAAAACCGACUUUUAAGUGGAACUACUACAUGGUAGUACUUGCAAUUGGAUCUCGGUAUCUGGCGAGCAAGGUUUUGCGGAAGCGGGCAGAGCGGUAAGUGUCUGCCGCUGCAGGUAGAGGUGGUCGGGUAUGGCGGUGGGACAGACACUAACUGAGCUCCAUGUAAUGUAAGUUUGUAGUGUACGUUACGCAGGCAACAGAAAACUUCGCUUCCUCCAGCUCCUGACAGCCAGAUAGCUUUUCUGAACUGUGGUAGAAGAUAACCCUCGGGAUUGGCCAGCAAGCGCAUCAUUAGGGGAAAGUCGAGAAAGAGUAUGCACUUAGGGUUUAACCGCUCAUAUCUAGUAAAUGAUAUAGUUAAAACAAACAUUUCUUUCCUUUUUGAGUCAUCAGUCUUCUACUGGUUUGAUGCCACCCGCCACGAAUUCUUCUCCUGUGCCAACCUCUUCAUCUCUAGGUUAUUGUCUGUUAAUGUGCUGUAUAAACGUUUUCUGUGGGAGACGUAUCACGAUGUAUGAAAAUCCCUCUAGUGGUUAAGUUCUUACGAUCGCUGCGCGCCUAUGCAACAUCCUGGCGGUCGACCCAACAGAGGGUGCUGAUCACUGAUCUUUUUUUUUUUCCAGUUAUUUUGUCAUAUAGACAUUUUUAUUCUUCAUAGCUAAUUUAUAGGUUGCUACAAGCAAUGUAUUACGUAUAUUUAUUUUUGACUGUAAAUUCACCAUAAAAGUGUCAGACCUAUUAUCUUUGUAUAUUUCCUUUUAAUACUUUCAUGUGGGUAACUGUAUUCGUCUUUUACUGUGCACAUAUGGUUUCUAUAACAGUUAUCAAUAUUUAAAAGUCUGCUAAAUGCAUUUUACCUUACGUGUUUUUCUCAGAUUAUGUUUCUUACGUAUAUGAUGACUACAUCUAUGCCCACAUUAGCGUCAUCUUUUAAAGAUGUAGGCAAACAGAUUUCCGGUAGCUAGUGUACUUUAGUAGCCAGUUGAAAAAUGACUGUGUAGACGAUGUGGCCUAUGUUACACCAUGUUUUAGAUCUAUGUGACGAUUCUGUGCUGAGUUUCAUGUAUUUUUAAGAUGCCAUUACGGCCUUUUCACAUUAGGACAUGGUGUAGAAGAGAUACACUUUACCGUAUUUUAUAUGUACAUUUCCCUGGUUAUAUAAUAGUAUAUUGCGAUAUGUAAUGCUGUAUUGUGCUUAAAGACAGUCCAUAUAUUUUUAUAUUGUAGAUCAGAAGAUGGUAAUCGUCAAAGGAAUGGAUAUUGUGAUCAAAGACUGGAAUAAAAAACAUUUGGCUCAGUUA